AUGCCGACGCAGCAAAUCGCUGAUGGCAUUCCCAUCUGCUCCCAGCUGACCGGGACCGGCCAUUCCAGACUGGAGACGGGGCUCGGCCCGACGGCGGUCCCUCAUAACUCUCUGGACGGGGCCAGGCAUCAUUCAGGAGGACCAGUUCGGCUCGGGAGCCGAGCCUCUCGAGCUGUCAGCCAAUCACGGGGCAGUAUACCUCCCUCCUGCAUAGCCACGCGACUAUUUUCACGUUUCAACACAAACACUGGCUGGGUGAAGGUGCUUCAAGUCGUCUGUCCGUUCACCCCGAUUCACAAUAAAAUGCUGAGGGGCGCAGUGAAGUAUGCUGGGAGCGGUCCCAGAUUGAGCUCGGCCGUGAGCUCGUCCUCGCAACGCUCUGGGAUAACCCGUCCCCCGUCCUGCGCCGAUACCGACCGCCCCAAAGUCCUCAUCACUGGAGGGCUCGGUCAGCUCGGGGUGGGGCUCGCCAAGUUGCUGAGGAAACGCUUCGGGAAGGACAACGUGAUCCUAUCCGAUAUCCGGAAACCCCCCAACCACGUCUACCACAGCGGGCCCUUCAUCUUCUCCGACGUCCUGGACGACAAGAACCUCAGGGAGACCGUGGUGAACAACAACAUCAGCUGGCUGGUGCACUACUCCGCCGUGCUGCCGGCCGUGGGCGAGAGCAACGUGGCGCUGGCCAAAGAGGUCAACAUCACAGGUCUCCAUAACAUAUUAGACAUAGCAACCGAACAUGGUCUGCGUGUGUUUGUCCCCAGCGCCGUCGGUGCCUUCGGUCCGUCCUCGCCCCGGGACCCCGCCCCGGAGCUCUGCGUGCAGAGGCCGCGCACCAUCGACGGCGUGUCCAAGGUCCACGCGGAGCUGAUGGGCGAGUACUACCACCACAGGUACGCGCUGGAUUUCCGCUGUCUCAGGUAUCCAGGCAUCAUCUCAGCCGACUCUCAGCCUCGAGGGGGAACCACAGACUACGCGGUCCAGAUCUUCCACGCGGCUGUGAAGACGGGCCGGUUUGAGUGCAACCUGCGCAGCGACACGCGGCUCCCCAUGAUGUACAUCGACGACUGUCUCCGGGCGACUCUGGAGAUCCUGGAGGCUCCCGCAGAGUCGCUGCUCAGCCGCACCUACAACAUCAACGCCACCAGCUUCACGCCACGCGACCUCACCGAGGAGCUGCAGAAGGCCCUGCCCGACCUCAAGGUCACCUACAGCGUGGACCCGGUCCGACAGGCCAUAGCGGACGGCUGGCCGAUGGCGUUGGAGGACGGCAAUGCGCGGCGGGACUGGGGCUGGAAGCACGAGUACGACCUCUCCGAGUUGGUGCGGACCAUGCUGAGUCACAUCGCUACGGGCAACCGGCUCGCACAAGCCUCCUGAACCUUGCCCGGCUCUUAUUUAUUUAUUUUUCUUGCAACCUAAAACAAAAAGAAACAUGAUUUAUUUGACAGUGAACGUAACCCUGCAGAUUCAGGAGGACGUCUCGCCCUGAGUUACUUAAGGAAGUUAAAGUAAUACGAAAUAAUAAGGCGGGGGAAUUAGGAUUUAGAUUAUUCAAAUUAAAGUAUAAUACGACCCUCCAUAUCAGAGGCAUAGAACCAUUCCAGACCUAGCAUGCUGGGUACUAUCACCACGUUACGGAGCUGUGAAAGAGUCGAGUCUUCUCUGUGAAUGUAUUUAUGUCAGAGUAUGCGGAUACCUGCUGAACAGGCAGCCGUCGUCUAGCCAAGCGCUCGCCUUAAAGCUGCCACCUGAGAACCGGUUGGCUCUGAGCUCCAUCUUCACUCCCAGCUGGUCACCACGAUGUCCUGUAAGCAUCAACACUGAGCGGCUUUACCUCGCGUUACUAUAGGAACGGGUAUACCGAGCUAGCGUUACUGUAGGGCAGUGGUUCUCAAACUUGUUCUGUCGCGCCCCACUUGGUCCACGCUGAAUUUCUAUGGAAAUAAGAACUUUGUGUGACUCCUGUGGUUUUUCAAAUAAUAGAAUAAAGACAAUUGCAAUCACUUUUAAUUAAACCAGAUUAUUCCAUCAGACAUAAACAAAGUGCAAACACAGUUCUUCAAAAAAUAAUUAAUAUUUGGCAAAUAGCUUAUUGUGGCUGAUAUUAACAGGUUUGGCGUUGGAUAUAUUUUCAAGACAAUAACAAUAAGUGCAACAUGUGAAAAACUGAACUAAACAAGUUCAAAUAUUUGGCAAAGAGUUUUACACUAAAUAUCUUUUCAAAACAACAACGUGCAACCUCUGCAAAACUACACUAGUGCAGAUAUGUGUGAGCCAUCGAGUUGUAUCAGUAUUUGUUCAAAUUCACUCAGAUUCUCAAAGGAAUCAAUAUUCUUUUGAUCGAGAGCCUGCAAAUUAAUCAUGAGAAUAGCAGCGCCUGCAACAUCUGCAGAAACACAGACAACUGACGCCACUUUUACAAAGUGAUUUAUAAUAUGUGACGUUCUCCCCCACACACACACACCUGUAAUACCUCGGCGCCCCAGUUUGAGAACCACUGCUGUAGGGGUAGUUUAAAGGUGCUCGGACCGUAGUUGCCUGGCAUAAAAAUAAGUGUUUGAGUUUGAGAAUGGCUUCCGACAGCCACUUCACUUUCUAACCACCGAAGGUGCUUUUAAUAUUUACGGUACAGGAUUGCUUUCGUCCUUUGCGUGGGAUAUUCAUGAAUGUUCAAUCAUACGACGUGUUGGCGGUUCCUUUCUUUCAUUGAAGGGGAAAUUGAGUUCCGUCUCGCAGCUGUACUUUUAGGGUUUAGAUCUGUCAAGUAGUUAAACAUGUAUUUUUAUAUAAUGCUAUUCUUUACAGCCUGUUAUGGUUUUUUUUCCAAAUAAAUACCUUAAUGAAAUCAGCAAUAAAUCACAAGUCUAUUGUCUUUGUAUUUGAUAAUAAUCUGACCAUUAAUGUUGUUUAAAUGUCCAGCGCAGUAACCCACGAACUUUCCAUAUUGGGCAAUCAAGUACAAAAACACGAGAGCUGAAAAAUUAUGAGAAUAAAAGAUUUAAGAUUUGUGUUUUUCCUCCAACUGCUCCCACCGCAUGUCCAGAUAUCUCCUCUGUCCUCUUUGCCUUGUCUUGUGUAUCAGGACCUGUGUUGGGGUGGUAGCGCCCUCCUGUGGCCGGUGCUACUCACUGCAGGAUGUGAGAGCAUCUUGGUUCAGACUCGCCAGAAAGUUUUUAAAGAACCUUUUUGCGAGUUGUACUUCUUUGUCCGGCUGUUCACCGACCUCGCCCAGAGUGACACUUGGCCUUCUCUUUCUGUCUCGACGCUGGCGUGAGCUCGUCUUGGUGUCGCUGCUCCCACUCCG